CUCUUGGAAAUGUAAUAUUGGCCUUCGGGCUCUCCAGCCCUUUGGGCUUUCCAAUGGGAUCUUAGAAGCAGCCGAAGCAGCGUGAAGGGCAGCAACCCCGAGCCAGCCAGGAGUUGAACAUUCUGCCCUACAGCUCUUCUGGACCAAGGAGCCCAAAGCCCUGCCCUCACCGGUCACCAGGUCGCAGUUUUUGUCUGCUUGAACACACAUGGCUUUGUUACGAAAAAUUAAUCAGGUGUUGCUGUUCCUUCUGAUUGUGACCCUCUGUGGGAUCCUGUAUAAGAAAGUUCAUAAGGGAACUGUGCUCAGGAAUGAAACAGACGAGGACUCUGAACCUCCUGAGGAAAUGGAGGAGGAGAUUCCUGUGGUGAUUUGUGCUGCGGCGGGCAGAAUGGGUGCCACCAUGGCUGCCAUCAACAGCAUCUACAGCAACACUGACGCCAACAUUCUGUUCUACGUCGUUGGACUCCGGAACACUCUGUCUCGAAUCCGAAAAUGGAUCGAACAUUCUAAACUAAGGGAAAUAAACUUUAAAGUCGUGGAAUUCAACCCUAUAGUCCUCAAAGGGAAGAUCAGACCAGAUUCAUCAAGGCCCGAACUGCUUCAGCCUCUGAACUUUGUUCGAUUUUAUCUCCCUCUGCUUAUCCAUCGACAUGAGAAAGUCAUCUAUUUGGACGAUGACGUCAUUGUGCAAGGUGAUAUCCAAGAACUCUAUGACACCACCUUGGCCCUGGGCCACGCGGCAGCUUUCUCUGGUGACUGCGAUUUGCCCUCGGCUCAGGACAUGAACAGAUUUGUGGGGCUGCAGAAUACAUACAUGGGCUAUCUGGACUACAGGAAGAAGACCAUAAAAGACCUUGGCAUAAGCCCCAGCACUUGCUCUUUCAAUCCGGGUGUGAUUGUGGCUAACAUGACGGAAUGGAAGCACCAGCGCAUCACCAAACAACUGGAGAAGUGGAUGCAAAAAAAUGUGGAGGAAAAUCUCUACAGCAGCUCCCUGGGAGGAGGGGUAGCCACCUCCCCGAUGCUGAUUGUGUUUCAUGGGAAAUACUCCGCAAUCAACCCCCUGUGGCACAUAAGGCACCUGGGCUGGAAUCCAGAUACCAGAUAUUCAGAGCAUUUUCUGCAGGAAGCAAAACUACUCCACUGGAAUGGAAGACAUAAACCUUGGGACUUCCCUAGUGUUCACAAUGACUUAUGGGAAAGCUGGUUUGUUCCUGACCCUGCAGGAAUAUUUAAACUCAAUCACCACAGUAGCUGAUAUAACUUAACAUUUUAAGUAUUUCCUACACAAAAAUGUGGAAUUGUGCAUUUGUAGCCCUACUAUUUCAUUGUUCUUUAUGAAUAGUACCUUUGAGACAUAUGAUCCACAAUGGAAACCACAAAGACUACUGUGUGCAAACAGCACCCUGGGUCACGCAUGCAUGGACUCCUUAAGUACGGGGGGGUUACGGAAAUCACGAUGAGGUGCGUGAGAUGUACUGUUGGAAGGAAAUAAACCCGUCUUGGUUUCAGCAAUCAAUUUGCUUAACUCUGAAUGACAACUUGUAUUCACAAUUUUUAAAAAUUUCUAGAUGUGUUUUUUCACACACAUCUUUUUUUAGGUAUUUUUCAACAGGUUGCAAGUCUUGUCUUUUGUAAAACAAUAUAUUACAUUUAAAACAUGAAUGUCUGAAAAAAUAAAAUAUUUGCAGAUUUUCUAA